CUCAAGCAAAACCUAAGAGCGCUUUGCAAAAUCGUUCAAUGUUGUCUUCCACAUCUCCCGUCGAGGAAUAUCGGGACGAACAGUUCAACUUAGCGCGAAGCGGUUCCCUUUUAUCCGUAAGUAACAGAUCGUCGAGAUCUUCUUCCAGUUCGCCACCGAAUAUACCCUUCAAGCCCGGCCAUUUGCGCUCGAUUUCCUCCCAAGUCAGGGUCCAAAACCGGAUCAUCCAAGCAGUUGAGAUUCGACAGCAGUCUCCGGAGUCAACGAGCUCUCGACUUUCAGGAAGCUCGCCGCCUGCUCUGCAACAUGCCGAUCAAACUACCAUCAAGGCUACCCAACGCCGGCCACCACGGGAAACUGCCAACGCAAUCCAGAAACUCAUGCAAAGUAACAACUACCCUGCCUCUCCCUCCCUGAGUCGGGACUGGCGCGAUCAGGCGAAUGAGAAGGCGCGAACAUCAGUUGAUCGGCGUCCUGGCUCGUUGGACUCAAAACAGCGCGUGGGGGGUUUUCAGGAUUUAGAAAGAAUUCAUACAACCAGACCACAAAAACUGAGUCUUGGCGUCAGGUCGGAUAACCCACUCGGUUCUGCUUCUCAAACUGAAGGCGUGGUGAGCCAUAGGCCUGACCAGGCCUCUUCAACAUUUACACCUCUGAUCACUCCUCGACAAGCGAUCGCGCUGUACACCUUUAAUCCUGAAGCCUUCAGUUCGAGCGAAUCGGACAAAGAUGAGGAGGACGACUCGGAGAAAAUGACACCGGAAGUUAGAUUCCAGUCUGGCGAUAAGCUUGAGAUCUGGGUUCCGGACAUCGGUGGGGGUUGGAGUUUAGGAAAAAAUCUGACCAGUUCAACCUCUCUACUCGAUAUAUCAUUGAGCCAAGUCACAGAACAAGGCCAUAAUGACUGGGGAUUGAUCCCCAUCGGUUGGUAUAAAGUUGUUGAAUCUCCGGAUACUCCUCGUAACCGGCCCAAAGUAAAAAAGGUAGCCCCAAUGCAGAGCUUCUCUGCCCGCCUGGCCUUCGGAACCCAAUCGAGUGAUGUUUUGCUGUCUCAAAAGCAAGCACGUCUAACGUCUGUCGAUCAUGGCAGGAUGGAUCAGGAAUGUUUUCCUAUCACGAGACGAAGCCUUGAUACCAGCAGCCAUCAUGAGAGCUGCGCGUCUGAUCUAGAAGCUUACUCACCAAACAAGCGGAAGGUCAAAGCUGAAUCAGGUUUGGAAGCUCCACCCAGCAGAGGCACAAGAAGAAAUUUGCGAGUCAACAAUGCCUCAGAAGUGGGUACUGCGUCAUCCCGGAGCUCAGGUUACUUUCUUUCUCCACCCACGCAGAAUGCUUCAGUUGCCAUUAACAAGGAAUUCGACCCUAACGGCGUUCACUUUGAUUACCAAUCUCGAGGGAUAGCAUGUUCGGUUACGGCAUCGGAUGCGAUGUUUGCUGCCCGUCAAGCCGCCGAUCGCCAUUCAAUUGAUCCGCCGGUUCCUGAGGUGAUUGGCCAGCCCAGAAGCUCUUCAUGGAAUCCAUUCCUUAGAAAUCGGACAGCCAAUCGACGGCAUUCAAUAGCUCAUUCAUAUAUCACUGGGGAAGAAGAUUAUCAACAAGAUACUACUGAGGAGGACGGCCAAGAUCAAGGGUGUACCGAGCGACAUGAAAUUCGCGCUGGGCCUGCUUGGAAAGACUCGGCCCCACGCUUCACCGUGCAGGUACAUUCUCCUCAGCUUCAAACCCACCCAUCGAAAAUGAAAGCACAUGUGAUCUACACUGUCACGUCUACAUUUUCCAAUGAUAAUGGCUCUGUUGAGGAUGGCCCAAUGAACGUUCAAGUAACUGUCGGUCGACGGUAUUCACAUUUCGGGCUUUUAUCUAUUGGACUUAAUUUGAUAUACGGAGAAGUGAUCGAUCUCCCUGCACUUCCUGAGAAAGGAUUCACCAGUAAUUACGACGAGGGUUUCAUCGAAAAUCGUAGGCGCGCCUUGGAGAGAUACCUUUUUCGAUUGACCCGUCAUCCUAUACUACGUUACUGCCCCAGGCUGACCACUUUUCUAGGAUGCGAAGACGUUGAGGAAUUCGAAGCAGAAGCGCGUUCCUGGAGCCAAUUAAAUUCAGAGCCCUCUCAAAAGGCUGGCGGACAGGCUACAGACUCAGCUGCCUCUUCGAGCUUCUUUUCGAAAGUCUUUCAUCCAGAUUACAAUGUCGACGAGCCGGAAGCGGAGAGCUCGAUCGACGCCUACAAUCUACACACCCAGUCCUUAGAGAACAGCAAAAACAUGGUCGAUUUAGAAAAAAAUAUUAGCAAUUUGCGGAUCAGUAUCCAAGAUAUGGCGCAAAACUUCCAAAAAGUGUCGAGCUCGAUCCAAAGGUUAUGCGCUGGUCUACCUCUACCUCACAAGGAGUUGCCAUACAAUCGACCACCAAAAUCUGGUAUCUCGGGAAGCGAAAGACCGGGCUAUGUUCCCUGCGACGAUGCGCAUGGCGUAUAUCAUGGGCUUGAGAAGGGCCAGAAACAUUCCUCGCCCGAAAAUAGUCUUCUACGAGACCUUCGGCGGGAUGUGCGUGAUGCGGGAAUGCAGAAUUUGGAUGGGGCGAUGUGCUGGAAAGAAGACUGCACUGAGUGCCUAGCCAUGACCAAAGCUUUGCAGCUACUGGGUCAAUCUCUCGGCAACGUGGCCGGAUCGUAUUCUACCUGUGCCACCGAAGCGCUUGCGCCAGUUGAAGCUCUGAUCAAAGAGCUUUCGUUUCCGCACAAGAAUCGCAAGGUCCUGUCAAGUCUGCAUGAUUCAACCAAAGUCUCCUUUUCGGAUCUCAGUGGUCAUGGUACGCUCGACAUAUUCGAAUCGCGGAAAGAAACGGUGUUGAAUGUUGUGAUGAGUGAGAUCGAAAGACACCAUCAAGAGAGAAAUCUCGAUUUUAGGGAUAUGGCUAAAACAUUGCUAGAUGGCCAAAUUCAAUUGCACCAAUCAGCUUGUGAGCAACUGAAAGAAGCCAGGCAGGCAUUAGAAGAGCCGCAGCUCAGCUUCCUAGGACGUUCCGGGCCGAGAAGCAUGAACGCCGAGGAAGCGAAAGGAUUGCAACGGCAAGAUCUGACUCGAUCGAGCUCGGCAAUCUUUGCUUCGUCGCACAACGAGUCCUUCAAAACGGCUCGAUCACAGCUCGACUUGGACCAGUCCGACAAUCGGCCACUCAGCCGAUCGUCCUCGGUUCUUGAAUGGAUCAAUCACUCCGCUACUUACCCCGGAAAACUCGCCGAGAACUCUUCCCGGCCACUCGCGAACAAUCAUCAGCGUAAUCCUAGUAUCGCAAGUCACUCGAGUUCGAUCGCUAGUUCUGCUUUUUCUUCUGUCUUUGUUAAACCUCUUUCUGCCGCAUUUUCUUCAAUGGUAGAUUUAUCUGAUUAUCUAUCUUAGACUAUUGUAUUUCCCCAGCACACGCAAAAACAUCGUAUCGUUUUCCCUCUUGUUUCACAUUGAAUUUUUUAUUUUGCGCAGUUUUUUUUC